AUGUCGAUCUCUCUCUAUCCGAGCGAAGAGGAUUACCUGUACGAGGAAGAGGUUUUACGCAACCCCACUAGCUACAAACUCUGGUGGCGAUACCUAAUUGCCCGAAGCCAAUCCCCUUUCAAGAAGCGGGCGAUCAUCUACGAGCGCGCCCUGAGAGCCCUGCCUGGAAGCUACAAGCUCUGGCACGCUUACCUCCGCGAACGCCUCGAAUUCGUGAGGAACUUGCCGAUUACGCACUCUCAGUACGAUGCUCUCAACAACACCUUCGAGCGAGCGCUAGCCACCCUGCACAAGAUGCCGCGUAUUUGGAUAUUGUACCUGCAGUCUCUGACCAACCAGAAAUUGACCACCAAGACCCGCCGGACUUUCGACCGCGCUCUGUGCGCCCUCCCCGUCACUCAACACGGCCCGAUUUGGGAGCACUACUUGGUUUUCGUCUCCCAGAAGGGCAUCCCGAUCGAGACCUCCUUGAGGGUUUACAGGAGGUACCUGAAGUACGAUCCAAGCCAUAUCGAGGAUUUUAUUGAGUUUUUGGUCAAUUCAGAGUUGUGGCAGGACUCUGCCGAGAAGCUUGCAGAGGUUCUGAAUGACGACCGGUUUUACUCCACCAAGGGGAAGACGAAGCACAUGCUGUGGUUGGAGUUGUGCGAUUUGCUGUCGCAGCAUGCGAGCAAGAUUUCGGGGUUGAACGUGGAUGCUGUAAUUCGAGGCGGGAUUCGGAAGUUCACGGAUGAGGUUGGUAGGCUAUGGACAUCUUUAGCUGAUUAUUAUAUCAGGAGGGGUUUAUUUGAGAAGGCUCGGGAUAUAUUUGAGGAAGGAAUGACGUCUGUGACAACCAUGAAGGAUUUUGGCGUGAUUUUUGAUGCAUACUUACAGUUUGAGGAGAGUAUGCUUUCGAUUAAGAUGGAGUAUUUAGAUGAAAGUGAGGAUGGGGAUAGUGUGAAUGGAGAUGAGGAGGAGGAGGUGGAUAGGCUGGACGUAAACAAGUUGAAUAAGAAAAUUGACAAAUUUUGGUUGAAGGAUGAAAACGAUGUGGAUUUGAGGUUGGCAAGAUUAGAGUUUUUGAUGGAUAGAAGGCCAGAGUUGGUUAAUAGUGUGCUUUUGAGGGAAAAUCCUCAUAAUGUAGAGCAAUGGCAUCGUCGGGUGAAGCUUUUUGAACAGAACCCCACGAAGAAAAUUCUGACUUACGCUGAGGCUGUGAGGACGGUGGACCCCAUGAAGGCUGUUGGGAAACCACAUACUCUCUGGGUUGCAUUUGCCAAGUUGUACGAGGACCACAAGGAUGUUUCAAAUGCUCGGGUGAUUUUUGAUCAGGCCGUGCAGGUUAACUAUAAGUCUGUGGACCAUCUUGCCAGUGUUUGGUGCGAGUGGACAGAAAUGGAGAUGAGACACAAAAAUUUUAAGGGUGCAAUGGAAUUGAUGCGACGUGCUACUGCAGAGCCGUCAGUUGAGGUCAAGAAGAGAGUGGCGGCUGGUGGUGAUGUUCCUGUACAGAUGACAGUUCAUAAAUCCCUUAAGAACUGGACUUUUUAUGUUGAUUUGGAGCAAAACCUGGGCAGUUUGGAUUCAACUCGUGCUGUAUAUGAAAGGAUAUUGGACUUGAAGAUAGCCACACCUCAGAUCAUAAUUAAUUAUGCUAAGCUUUUAGAGGAUAACAAAUAUUUUGAAGAUGCGUUUAAAGUUUAUGAGAGAGGCACGGAUAUAUUCAAAUACCCACAUGUCCAACAUAUCUGGGACACUUAUUUAAAAAAACUUGUCGAGAGAUACGCAAAGUCAAAACUGGAUCGUGUUCGGGAGGUUUUCAGGGUUGCGGUUCAAAAGACGCCUGCCGAAUUUGUGAAACCUAUCUACCUUCAGUAUGCAAAGCUGGAGGAAGACUUUGGUCUAGCUAAAAAUGCAAUGGGAAUAUACGACAAGGCGACAAAAGCUGUACCGAAUAAUGAGAAGUUGAAGAUGUACGAAAUAUACAUUGACCGGGCCACUAAAAUAUUCUGCGUUCCAAAAACUAGGGAGAUUUACGAGCAAGCUAUAAAUUCUGGCCUGCCGAAAAAGGAUGUGAAGCUCAUGUAUAUGAGAUAUGCUGAACUUGAAGAGAGCCAUGGUGAAAUUUGCCGAAGUCGUGCACUAUAUAAGUAUGCCUCCAACUAUGUUGAUACAAUAACCGAUUCCGACUUCUGGAGCAGAUGGCAUGAGUUUGAAGUGCAGCAUGGAAAUGAAGAUACUUUCAGAGAGAUGCUCCGAACGAAAAGAACUCUUGCAGCCAGUUGCAGCCAAGCACACUCCAUCGUUCCCGAGUAUUUAAUGCAAAAGGAUCAACUGCAGCCUUUGGAAGAAGAUAGAGACGUGCUGAAGAUGGCAAACGACACCAGUCGAAGGUUAGGGUUUGCGAGUGCUGGUGUGCAGAAUGCACGGGAGACCCCAACAACCAAUCAAGAGGAUAUUGAGCUGCCGGACUAUAGUGACUCAGAAGAUGACGUUGAUGGGAAGGUUGAGAUUGCUCAGAAAGAUGUGCCCAGUGCUGUAUUUGGAGGCUUGGCUCGGAAGAGGAACGAGCUGGAUGAUGGCGAUGAUGAUGCGAAAGGCGGUGCUUCACAAAACAAAGACGAUGAUGGCCAUCUUGGCGCCCUUGAAAGAAUCAAGAGAAGACGAGGCGCAUGA